AUGGUACAGCCGUACAGGGAUUUGGAGGGUAUAGAGGUUAUGGAGGAUACGGAGGCCACAGAGGAUAUGAAGGCUAUGGAAUCGGAGCCUACGGAACUGGAGGCUAUGGAAGAUCUGGGGGCUAUGGAGGAUAUAAAGGUUUCAGAGAUACGAAACUCUCAGAUUACAAGACUCCGGAUUACAAGACUCCGGAUUACAAGACACCGGAUUACAACAAGACACCGGAUUACAAGACUCUGGAUUACAAGACACCGGAUUACAAGACACCGGAUUACAAGACUCCGGAUUGAUUACAGGGCUCCUGAUUACCGGGCACCUGAUUACCGGGCACCUGAUUACCAGGCACCUGAUUACCGGGCACCUGAUUACCAGGCACCUGAUUACCGGGCACCUGAUUACCGGGCACCUGAUUACCGGGCACCUGAUUACCGGGCACCUGAUUACUGGGCACCUGAUUACUGGGCACCUGAUUACCGGGCACCUGAUCACCGUGCACCUGAUUACCAGAAUCCUGAUUACCAGAUCCCUGAUUACCAGAUCCCAGAUUACCGUGUCUCUGAUUAUGAUGUUCUGGAUUUCCCUGCACCUAAUUAUGAGGUGCCUUUUAACCGUGUACCUGACUACAGUACUCCUGAUUAUCGUGUUCCUAAUUACCAUGCACCCAUUUAUGAGGGUACUGAUUACCUUUCUAAUUAUCAUUCACCUGACUACAAGGUUCCUGAUUAUGAUGAACCUGAUUACAAGGUUCCUGAUUAUGAUGCACCUGAUUACAAGGUCCCUGAUUAUGAUGAACCUGAUUAUAAGGUUCCUGAUUAUGAUGAACCUAAUUACAAGGUUCCUGAUUACCCAGCAACAGAUUACAAAGCUCCUGAUUACCCAGAAACUGAUUACAAGGUUUCCGAUUACCAUGCACCUGAUUACAAGGCUCCCAAUUACCCCAUUCCUGAUUAUCAAGCUCCAGAGAAUUUGGUUCCAAUUUACCAUCCAUCCUUACCAUCUCCUUACCCUUCCUAUCCACCUACUUCUCAUCCAUCAUACCAACCUCCCCUUUACCCAUUCUACCCCCCUUACCCUUCCUACCUACCUCCUUCCUACCAACCUCAAUCAUACCGACCUCACCCCUACCAGUCCUACCCUCCUACUCCUUACCCAACCCCAUAUCCAUCCUAUCCAGAGGCUUCUAAACAUCUUUACCCAAUUAAAGAUGUUCCAACCAGCAUAUCUGAACCAAUUUAUAAAGAAACCAUUUCAUCAAAAUACUCUCCACCAGUAAAUAAAGACUCCAAACCAGGGAGAUACAUGGCUCCUAUUGCUGAUUACAAGAAAUCCCCUCCUGCCAAAUAUAAUCCUCCUGAACCCAGAUAUAAAGACUCUACUCUCGAAUCUAAAUACAAGGAAUCCGCUCUUGAAUACAAGGACCCUACUCCUAAAUCUAAUUACAAGGACUCCACUCCUGAAUACAAGGACUCUAAUCCUAAAUACAAGGACUCUACUCCUGAAUACAAAGACUCUACUCCUAAAUACAUGGACUCUACUCCUGAAUACAAGGACUCUACUCCUAAAUACAAGGACUCUACUCCUGAAUACAAGGACUCUACUCCUAAAUACAAGGACUCCACUCCUGAAUUCAAGGACUCUACUCCUAAAUACAAGGACUCUACUCCUAAAUACAAGGACUCUACUCCUAAAUACAAGGACUCUUCUCCAUCCAAACCAACUCCUGGAACUUUUUAUCAGGGAUCAACCGAAGAUUUAUCUAGUCUUCCAGCUCCAAAAUAGUAAUGCUUUAUUUAUGCAAUAUUUUUUAUAUGAUUGUAAAUAAAUAUGAUUUAAUAAUUUA